CAAUAAGAAUCCCCGUUUAUCAGGCUCACGACCAAUCAGAAACGAGGCGACUGAAAACGGAAUCCCAAAUGGCUCCCCAUUGGAUGUAUAGUGCACUAUGUACAGUGUGGAGCGCCGUUACCGGUUUUAAACGAUGUAGUGCACUGUGUAGGGAGCAGGAAACCGUUUGGGACACAGUCUCUGAUUCUGUCCGGGUCCGGGUUCGGUUGAACCCAAAAAAAACAAAAAAAAAAUCCGUGACAGGUCGCGUGCGGAAGAUGAUGACGGUAAAUAAAAAGCCGCAUACAGACACAGAAAUGAGUGAAAAUAUUCCACACGGAGAGUUUUGUAAAGAAUUCUCUCUCAGAUGUUGAGGGUUUAGCUGCAGGAACAUGGCGAUGCUCUAAACUUUACAUUUUUCUUCUCGCUCUUGGUUUAUAUAGCGGAUCCCGGACUUUAAUCCGAGCUCGAGCUCCCGGUGUGGUGGUUUUUUUUUUGUUUUGUUUGUUUGUUUGUGUAAAGAUUCUAAAACAAAAGUUGAUUUUUCAACUAAAUAAUUUUUCUCGCCGGUGAUGAAUAAACCCCGGAGCCGUGUGUCCGGUUUGCUGUCGCAGUAACUCUGUACACUGAAGUUUUUGUGACUGGUUAUUCUUUAGGCUUGGUCUAAAGAGCGCUCUUUGUUCUGAGGGCAGCGUGACGCGAGGUCGAUGCUGAUGAGGAGGUCUUUGCUUUGAGCCUGAGCGUGUGCUCCAUCGGCCCUUUGAGUCCACGUUCAUGCUCCGGUCCCGUCAUGCCGCAGUGCUGUGGCUCCUGACUCUUGAGGGCUGAUGAGUGUUUGGGCGCGAUGGAGCGCUGCAAGCAUGUGGUCCGUCUCCGUUUGGGACAAGACCACUCCAUCCUGAACCCUCAGAAAUGGCGCUGUGUGGACUGCGACACCACAGAGUCCGUGUGGGCGUGUCUGAAAUGCUCGCACGUGGCCUGCGGUCGCUACAUCGACGAGCACUCGCUGCAGCACUACCGCGAGACCCAGCACCCGCUCGCCAUGGAGGUGCGAGAGCUGGACGUGUUCUGCUUUGCGUGCGGUGACUACGUCCUGAACGACAACGCCGAGGGCGACCUGAAGCUCCUGCGGGGGGCGUUGUCCACCGUGCGGGACGCCGGUCGCCGUUCUAUGCGUUCCGCGUCGUCGUCGCCGCACUCGGUGAGCGGCGAGGGGGCGGGGCUUGUACCGGUUGCACUAAGGCACCGGCGGCGUGUGCUGCUCGCAACUGCUUUCCGGCGCUGGAGGAUGCGGCAGCAAGAGGAGCAGAAAAAACUGGAACAGGAGAAGGAGGAGCUUCGGCGGCAACGUAAAGAAAUGAAGAAGAGGAUCGUGGGAGACGACGGCAACGCACCGCCGAGGAAAAGCGCACGCCUCCUGACGCAGGCGCCGCGGCCACUCGUCGCGUUGAUCCCAAGAAAAUUCAGAGACCCUCCCGAAAAAGCGCCACUUCCCGGCAAGAAUUCCAGAAAGGCGCUCCGUACUGUGAAAUCGGGUGUGGCCGGAAGGCGGGCCACCUCGUCUUUUCUGUUAGCGCGACGCAGGCGGUUAGCGCCGGGCGUCACAGGACUGCGUAACUUGGGCAACACGUGCUACAUGAACUCUAUCCUACAGGUGCUGAGCCACUUGCGUAAGUUCAGGGAGUGUUUCCUGGCACUGGAUCUGUGUGAGACGGAGCAGCUGCUCCUCGCCAAAACGCAAGGCAUGAUGGGAGGAGGAGGAGAGAAACCGGUGCAGCCCAAAGACCCCCGCGCAUCAUCUUUAUCGGGCCAGCAGGUGUCUCUGUGCCAGGAGCUGCACACUCUGUUCAGGGUGAUGUGGUCGGGCCGCUGGACGCUCGUGUCUCCGUUUGCCAUGCUGCACUCGGUGUGGAACGUCAUCCCGGCGUUCCGUGGCUGCGACCAGCAGGACGCGCAGGAGUUCCUGUGUGAGCUGCUGGAUAAGGUGCAGCAGGAGCUUGAGGCAGACGGCGGCUACGGCGCCAAACGCCAACACACACGCACGCGAAUUGUCAUCCCCAUCACACAGAGGAAACUCUCCAAACAGGUGCUCAAAGUCCUCAACACCAUCUUCCACGGCCAGCUGCUCAGCCAGGUGACGUGUCUGUCGUGUAAGCGUAAGUCGAACACGGUGGAGCCGUUCUGGGAUUUAUCUCUGGAGUUCCCCGAGCGUUAUCACAGCGCGGCGAAGCUGAGCCAGACGUCCUCUCAGAGCUGCUCUCUCACCGAGAUGCUGAGCAAGUUCACCGAGACCGAGGCUCUGGAGGGACGCAUCUACAACUGUAACUACUGCAACAGAAAAAGACGCAAGUCAUCCCACAAGCCGCUGGCUCUAUCCGAGGCCUGUAAACAGCUGCUGAUUUAUCGUUUACCUCAGGUGCUGCGGCUUCACCUUAAACGCUUCCGCUGGUCGGGCCGGAACCACAGGGAGAAGAUCGGCGUUCACGUGGCGUUUGAUCAGGUUCUGAACAUGGAGCCAUACUGCUGUUCUGACGCAUCACAGGCCUUCACCUAUGACCUCUCUGCUGUAGUGAUGCAUCAUGGGAAAGGCUUCGGCUCAGGACACUACACUGCCUACUGCUACAACACGGAGGGGGGCUUCUGGGUCCACUGUAACGACUCGGAGAUGAACGUGUGUAGCGUGGAGGAGGUCUGCAGCACUCAGGCGUACAUCCUGUUCUACACACAACGAUCAUCUUAAAGAGACUCAACAAAUACACACCUGUGUGUAUUACUGACCGAACAAUCCAACCUGUGUGUGUGUGUGUGUGUGUGUGUGUGUGUGUGUGUGUGUGAGAGAGAGAGACAGACACAUUCCUGUUCUAGUCAGCACACGUGUUUAGGUCAGGUCUGAUUAGCCGUCUCGCGGCUCAGUUCUAUUUUUCCACUGAGGUAUUUUACAACAAAGACGAGGUUCAUCACUCGCAGCACUUUUCCACCGACGUGGAGCCGGAUCUAGAACCAUUCCACGAGCAGCCGGUUCCGGGUGUUCACAGAAGGACGUGCGUCAACUUUUCCACCCAUUAUUAAUAAUUUGCAAACGGACAUGUAUUCCCUGGGCGUUACUUGUGAUACUAGUGAUGUCAUACACUCCCAGCAUUCAUCUGUUUUAAGCAGGACUGUGACGUAGCUGUAAGUUAGUGACGGAACACACCAGCAAAAAAAAAAGACAGCCCUAAAAGCCAUUGGAGUGUUUAUUACACAACCGGUUUAUGUAUUUAAAUCUUAUAACGAGUGCUUCAGCUGUCUGAGUUAGUCUUAGUUUGUUUGUAUGAUCCUUUGAUGCCAUGGCAACAGCAGGUUAGAGUAGCUAAUUGAUGUAAUAAGGGCUGAGGAAUGGUGUCUGUUUGGGACACGACCACUUCUGCUGAUGCAACGGUUCGGCUCCACGUUUGUCGGAAAGUUAAGCAUCAGCUCUGACCUCAAGUUCGUUUUAGAUCUCAGAGAUUUUCUACACACUAAAACUGUUCACACACACACACACACACACACACACAGAGUGUGUACUCAUCCAGGGCAUUCAGGACUAGCGUCCUCACACUGGAGCUUCAGGAACACAUCGACACGCCCCACACUGCCAGAGGGAGGAGCUCAGGGCGAAUGGAGGGAGAGACGGAGAGAGGGACGAGUGCAGACGGAGAGAUGCUCGAGCUCCCCCUGCGCUGUGCAGCACUGAGACGUCCGUCUGGAAGAUUCCAUCAUCAAACUUCUCACACACUCCAAUCAGGAAUUGCUCAGCUUUGUGAUACAGUUCUUCUUUUCUACUGUGGUUUCUAACGUGUGUAGUGAACUGUGUGUGCUGGGGGGCGGGGCUACCUGCACCUGGGAAUCUUAGGGGAGGGGCACCUGAGACUCCAAAUGGGAUUAGGGUGAAGGGGAGGG